AUGGUUCGUUCAAACACGUCUGUGCACUCUAAUGAAGACACGGGAUUAGAGUCACCUUCCAAGAGUUUUCCUCAUGAGCAAAAUGUAUAUCAGGUCCAGUUGAUUCAGGAUGCCGAAUCACCGCUCAUUACAAGAUCCCAGUCAAAUUAUUUGCAUUAUGGAAAAAUUACGAGGAACCCAUCCGAAUUAUCUCUACGCGACCAAGAAAAGUGCUUGAUUGAUGAGCUUUUGAAUGCAUUUAUGGGCAUGGAGGGAAACUAUAUUCAUUUACAGGAUGCGUCUAGCUUAUCCCACUCACAAAAGAUCGUUUCUCCUCCAUCUUUUACUAUUUGUCCUGGUUUCGAUUUGGGGCUUAAGGAUAUCAUUUCCGAAACUCUGGAAUUGGGCUCCUACUACUUGAGUAUCGUAACAUUUAUUGAAUCCAGAAGUCAGUUCGACUAUGGGUAUAUAAACCAUGCUUUGUGUGCGGCUUUAAGAAGGUUUAUAUCAGAUUAUCUUGUACUACUCAUGCAAUGCGAACACAGGUGUCAAGUGGAUCCUGGAUUUUCUUUGCAAACUCUUCGUUUAUAUAUAUUACCUACUUUUCGCUCUAUGAAACUAGUGUACUUUAUCAUACGCGAUCUGGUUUUGUCAACAGAGCAUGAUCAGCAGGAGGAUGACAUGGGUUUGGACAAUAUAGACGAUUUACUUGAAAAGCUCAACCAGGGAAAUGAUAUCUCUCAAAUUAUGCAGAGCUCAAUAUCGAGAAAAAAAGUCUGUAAAGGUGGUCGUGUUCUGACCUACUUGACAGAUGCCCUAACGAAUUUUGCUGGUGACCCUAUAGCUCGAAACAUUUUGACAUUUCUUCUCCGAGAGUCCUCACGGCCGUAUAUGAGAUUUUUGAAUUCUUGGAUUCACGAGGGCAAAAUUGACGAUCCGUAUGAAGAGUUUAUGAUUAAAUCUCACAGGAGUCUAACUUCACAAAGACUUGACGAUGACUAUACAGACGAAUAUUGGGAAAAGCGCUAUGUUAUUCGUGAAGAUCAGGUUCCCGCGCAACUUUCCCAGCUAAAAGACAAGGUUUUGCUUGCAGGAAAAUACUUGAAUGUUGUAAUUGAAUGCAAACAGGCGUCUGGGGAUAAUGUUAGCCAGACUUUGGCGGCCAAUCCUGAAGAAGAAAAUCCUGGAUGGCCGGAUACUUUAGAAGAUGAGAAUUUCACCAAAAACAUUAUAGAUGCUUAUGUCUAUGCAAAUGAGUCACUGCUUCUGUUGCUGCAAUCUUCACAAUCGCUGUACAGUCACUUGCAUGCUUUGAAACACUAUUUCUUUUUGGAUCAGUCUGACUUUUUCUCUACCUUUUUGGAUACAGCGCAGCAAGAAUUGCGAAAACCUGUAAAGCUUAUUUCUGCGACCAAGCUGCAGUCGCAGCUGGACUUGUCCCUCCGGCAACCGGGAACAAUCACAGCUGUCGACCCAUUUAAGGAGUACCUAACGCUUGAAUUGAAUCAGACAUCUUUGAUUGACUGGUUGAUGCAUAUCGUGAGCAUUAGUGGACUGGAGGAUUCGGCAUUGGUACAGAGCGAAAAGGGAAUGAUGGAUCAUUUCACGAAUCGAAUGGAUAGUGGGAGUGACCAAAAGAGUCAAAGUUCGUCUUCGAAAGGAACAACAGAAAAAGAAAUUGAUGGGUUUGAAGCGAUGCAAUUUGGAUAUAAAGUUCCGUUUCCCUUGUCUUUGAUUUUAUCACGAAAGGCAAUUAUUCGAUAUCAGUUAUUGUUUCGCUUUUUCUUGAUGGUGAAGCGUGUGGAAAUGCAAUUGGAAAACAGUUGGCUCCAUCAUAGCAAGAAACCCACUUGGAAAAACAAGUCGCCCUUUCCCCGGAUUGAGCGAUGGAAGAAGAAGGCGUGGUUUAUGCGAACCCGUAUGCUUACGCUGAUACAGAAAAUUCGUUAUUACAGUAUGAACGAAGUCAUAGAAACACAUUGGCCUGUGUUUAUGAAGAGUAUAGAACACGCGCGUACCGUGGAUAAUUUAAUGCAAGAACAUGUUGAUUUUUUGGAUACUUGCUUAAAGGAAUGCAUGUUGACGAAUUCUAAGCUAUUAAAGGUGAACGCGAAAUUGCUAGGAACAUGUGGCAUGUUUGCAUCGUAUACUAGCUCAUUUACAAGGUCAUUGCAACUCGCAGAGACAGGCGAAGAGUCCUACGACGAUGUACGGAUGGACAAGAUGGAAGAAAUUUUAAAGCGAUAUGAAGAGAACUUUGCUCAUCAUUUGCGGGUUCUGAUGGAUGCUUGCAACUUUUACGCGAGUACAGAGACGGCAGCGUUGUUGAAUCUGGUUAUGAGGCUGUCUACCUAG